CUGGACGAGGCAGCUGUGGGGCCCGCCCCCCUCAUCCCCCACUCUCCCUUCCCUCCUCCUACUACAAAUACGCGUCCCCUGCCUCGGCCUUGUCUUCCCUCUCUCGAGUCUCAACUCUCUCCCUUCUCCCCGUCCGCCGAUCCUUCCGAGGACCCUCUGCCGAAUGUGGCGAGUGGUUAGGGUUUUCUGCGAUCGUCGUUUUGGCGGGAGGACCGCUUCUCGUUUCUUUAGGGUUCGGAGAGAGGGUGGUUCUCUCUGGGUUUGGCGGGAGGGGUCGGGGAAGGAAUGAGGGUGAACGGCGAGUCGGUGAUGGUGUCCCCGAGGGUCUCCGUUGGACGGGAUUGGAGCGCCAUGAAGAUCGACAACGUCGCCGAUUCCCUCAAGGUCGGUUGCCGGAACGACACGGAGUGGGGGGAGAAGGAGGAGAACAGCGGUGGGGCGUUGUACUCCUUGACCGUCAACUCUGUCCCUUCUUUGCCGCCUCAGCAGAAGCUGGUCGUCGGCUACGCGCUCACGUCCAAGAAGAUCAAGAGCUUCUUGCGCCCCACGCUCGAAGGAUUAGCCAGGUUCGGUCUUGGCUGGCUUGUGAUGUGGAUAUUGACAAUCCAGCGAGUCAUGUGGUGCAGGAAGAAAGGAAUAGUGUUUGUCGCCAUCGAUCAAAGUAGAUCUCUUUUGGACCAAGGCCCAUUUGACAUUGUCCUGCAUAAGAUUUCAGGGAAAGAGUGGUGUCAGGUUCUAGAGGAAUACCAGCUGAAGCACCCAGAGGUCACUGUCCUUGAUCCGCCUGAUGCCAUUAAGCAGUUGCACAACCGCCAAUCAAUGCUUAAGGACGUUGCUGAUUUGAAUUUAUGUAGUUCAAGUGGUAAGAUUGGUGUUCCUAAGCAACUAGUUGUAGAGGGAGAUCCGAAUUCCAUUCCUGAUGCAGUAAAUAGAGCUGGGUUGAAGCUCCCUCUUGUUGCAAAGCCAUUACUUGUGGAUGGAACUGCCAGAUCCCAUGAACUGUCUCUUGCUUAUGACCAGUUUUCGCUGUCAAAGCUUCAACCGCCUUUGGUUUUGCAGGAGUUUGUGAACCAUGGUGGUGUACUUUUUAAAGUCUUCAUUAUUGGAGAAACCAUUAAAGUUGUGAGGCGAUUUUCCUUACCAGACGUCAAGAAGUCUGAGCGAUUACAUAAUGUUGGAGUUAUCCAGUUUCCAAGGGUCUCUUGUGCAGCUGCUUCUGCUCAUGAUGCUGAUUUAGAUCCUUAUGUUGCUGAGUUUCCUCCAUUGCCACUGCUUGAAAAGCUUGCACAAGAACUCCGUCUACGGUUGGGCCUUCAGCUAUUCAAUAUUGACAUAAUCCGAGAGCAUGGUUCCAGAAACAGCUUCUAUGUUAUUGAUAUUAACUACUUCCCCGGAGUGGGGAAGAUCUUAUGAAGUAGAGUGGGGAGUGAGGAACGGAAGAUAUGGGUAGUAGCAUUAGGAAAGAAAUCGGAGGUAUUUAAAUUGGUGAGACUCUUUAUCACGCACUGGCUUAUUUUUUAAUUUUUCUGUGUUAUGGUUAAAAUAAACUCCAUUUAGUAUUUCACCCUGGAUUGCUGACUGUUUUCCUUUUGGCUUGUAGUUUUGUGAUCAGUGGUCUAUUCUGAUUUCAUUUCUUCAUUUGGGGUAAAUGAUUUGUCAACAUUCAUUGAGGGAAUGGAGUGGGAAGAGAGCAGAUGGAAAAAUAAUUUCUGGAUCCUUAUCCACUUUGUUAGUUCUUUUCAGGAUUUGGCAAGAUGCCCGACUAUGAGCAGAUAUUCACCGAGUUCUUCUUGAGUCUACGACAGGGCAAGUCCAAAAAGAGCCUCCUUGGCUACGGAUGAUUGGUUAAAGGUCAAUCAUGUUACCUGCUUGCUCUAAUCAGGGCAUGGGGCUUUUCGCCGACUUUGAAGGUAUGUUCAUGAUUGAAGUUCGAGGAAGGCUGCUUUCAUUUUCGGAGGCAACAGUUUGAUGCUAAGUAUGCAUGCGAAGGUCUGGUCGCCUAAGCUAACAUCAAUACAUAAAGCUUACGUGGACAUGUACAUAGUAGGUGCUCGUAGUUCACAUAAGGCCUUCUGUUUCACAAGUUGCAAAUUGGUGAUGUGCUGGCUUUUGAUGUUUUGAUCCAUUUCGUCGAUGGUUGCCCGAUUGGCCGCUGUUCUGCUCUCGGGAAUGCCCUUUUUUUGGCCGCUGUUCUGCUUUUGGGAAUGCCCUUUUUUCCGGCCUUCAUCUGCACAAACAUCGGGCCGUAAACGUUCAAGUUUUCAAUAAAUACUUGUAAAGAUAGUGUGAUGAUGAAAAAAUGAUGGUUUAUGGCCGUA